AUGGGUUCUCGGCAGCAUGUUCGGGACAUCAAAAGCGGCUCCCCGCUUCCCUAUACAGAUGAUAUCAGAGCUUACAAGAAAGAGUAUGCCGAAGCUCUUGAUGCUCAGGAUCCGCUUCGGAGCUUCCGGGAUGAGUUUAUCAUCCCAUCCAAGAAUGAUCUCAAGCGGAAGACUCUGGCAGUAGACGAGAGCAACGAAGCAUCUGAUGAAAAAAGCAUCUACUUCUGUGGCAACUCAUUGGGAGUCCAGCCUCGUAGCACCCAGAAAUAUAUCGAGCAGUACCUGCGAACUUGGGCAACGAAAGGCGUGACCGGACACUUUGUGCCUCAUGACGAUCAAUUGCUACCUCCUUUUGUCGAUGUUGACAGCGCAGCAUCCAAGCUUAUGGCCUCAGUUGUCGGUGCCUCUCAAAGUGAAGUGGCAGUUAUGAGCACCUUAACUGCCAAUUUGCACCUGCUAAUGGCAAGCUUCUAUCGCCCGACCAAAGAGAAGUAUAAGAUUAUACUGGAGGGCAAGGCUUUUCCUAGUGAUCAUUAUGCGGUGGAGUCUCAACUCCGCCAUCAUAACUUCGAUCCGAAGGACGGCAUGGUUUUGAUCGAACCCAAGGAUUUAGACCAGCCUACCCUGAGCACGGAACAAAUCAUCAAAGUGAUCGAUGAUAACGCUUCCAGCACUGCACUCGUUCUCCUCUCGGCUAUUCAGUUUUACACAGGGCAGUACUUCGAUAUUGAACGGAUCACGGCUCACGCCCACUCUAAAGGCAUUUUGAUCGGUUGGGACUGCGCUCAUGCCGCCGGCAAUGUGGAUUUGCGACUUCACGAUUGGAAUGUGGAUUUUGCAGCCUGGUGCAAUUACAAGUACCUUAACAGCGGACCGGGUGGAAUAGCAGGACUAUUUGUCCAUGAACGCCACGGCUCUGUGGAUGAGAAACAGCCCGAAAGCGACGACACAUUUCGGCCUCGACUUUCAGGCUGGUGGGGUGGAGAUAUCAAAACCCGUUUCAACAUGGAGAACAAAUUUCUGCCACAACCCGGCGCCGCUGGAUUCCAGCUGUCAAAUCCCUCUGUUCUAGACAUCAACGCGGUCAUUGCAUCUCUCGAAAUUUUCAACCGGGCAACAAUGAAGGAAAUUCGACAGAAAUCCCUCAACAUCACGGGAUAUCUAGAACAUCUUCUGAUGAAGUAUCCUCUAGACGCAGCCCCGGAAGAUAAACCAUUCACCCUUAUCACCCCAUCAAACCCAGCCGAGAGAGGUGCUCAGCUCAGUCUACGUCUCCAACCAGGGUUGCUAGAUCAUGUUUUGCAUUGUCUGGAGGAGAAUGGGGUUGUUAUUGACGAGAGAAAACCAGAUGUGAUGGCGGAGAAAGAAAUUAAACAACCAUCUAUUUCGCACCCAGGAUCCGGCCAAGAUGCGAACGUGGGAACGAGAAGCGGGGAUCUUGCUGAUGUCGACUACUCAGUCUUCACAAUUUUUCAAGGGCUGUCGCCCAUGUUCAUUGGUGACUUUGCGGAUAAAGCGGGCCGACGACCAGCAUAUAUCGUGUGCUUCACUAUCUAUAUCGCAGCUAAUAUUGGACUGGCCCUGCAAAACAAUUAUGCAGCUCUUUUUGUUCUCCGGUGCCUGCAAAGCGCAGGGAGCAGUACCACCAUUGCCCUCUCAUCGGGGGUGGUCGCCGAUGUGGCGACUGCAUCCCAACGAGGGUCCUACAUGGGAUUCGUCACUGCAGGAUCUCUCAUGGGCCCUUCAGUUGGGCCAGUAAUUGGAGGUCUAUUGUCUCAAUAUUUGGGCUGGCGGGCGAUCUUCUGGUUUCUGACCAUUUUUGCAGCGACAUUCAUGGUUCCUUUUCUGGUUUUCUUCCCGGAAACUGCUCGUGGUAUUGUCGGUGAUGGCUCACUGCCUCCUCAGAAAUGGAACAUGUCCCUGAUCAGCUACCUGAAGUCCCGAAAGGCUCGCGAGGAAGGCGUCAUAUCUACGACAAUUGCAUCCAAGCAGAAACUCAAGUUUCCCAAUCCUUUCCAGACGCUUGCCAUUGUAUUCCAGAAGGAUAUUAGUCUUGUUCUCUUCUGCAAUGCUGUUCUUUUUGCUGGAUUCUACGACGUUAGCGCAAGCAUUCCUUCUAUUUUCAAUGAGCUAUAUGGGCUAGACGACCUCCAGGUCGGUCUCUGCUAUAUUCCAUUUGGCCUCGGUGCAACCAUCGCUUCCGUUGUCAAUGGCAAGUUGUUGGACUUCAAUUACCGCCGACUUGCAAAGCAAUUGAACUUCCCACUAACUAAGAACCGUGAAACUGACUUGCGGAACUUCCCUAUUGAAAAAGCUCGUCUUCAACUCGCCUUUCCUCUUCUCGCGUUAGGAAGCCUCUCCAUCCUUGUAUUUGGCUGGUUCUUGAACUAUGGAAUUCACCUCGCUGCACCAACCUGUAUUCUGUUCCUCAUGGGAUUGACGUUGACAGGGGCAUUCAAUACCAUCGGUACACUACUGGUAGACCUAUAUCCAACACAAGCGGCCAAAGCCACUGCUGCCAAUAAUUUCAUGCGUUGCUUACUAGGAGCCGGUGCGACAGCACUCAUCGAUCCCAUGCUUUCUGCCAUGGGCCGGGGCUGGUGUUUCACAUUCAUCGCGUUGGUGAUGAUGGCCACGACGCCACUACUUUUGAUCGUGAUUCAAAAGGGGCCGAGCUGGCGUGAAGAGCGUCGUCUGAAAGAGGAAACUAAGAACACUGGGAAUACGAAUGCUUCAAGAAGUUAG